UGGAGAAGAGUCUGGUCAGGCCUGUUCAGUUUAGUCUUCUUUGUUUGUUUAAUUUAGUUACAUUUUCAGUUGGGCCCAUGUUAUUUUUGUUUUUGAAGAAACUGUACCAGUUCAAUCAACUUUUUACAAAAAAAGAAACUCACAAAAAAACCCCGUAAAAUAAACAUCUUGCAAGAAAAACCUUACUUUGUCCACUGACAGAUUGUUAACCUUCACACAUGUAAAGAAAAAAGAAAGAUAAAUAAAUACAAUUCAUCAAACAUGAGACUUUCCAAGGCAUCUAAACAAAAGUGGAGCUGGCAGCGGCUGCACGUGAACGCUCAUUUGCGCUGAAUGCGAGUGUGGGUGAGUGUCUGUGCAGUGGCUGGGGGGAGCUGCGCUGAGCGGGCGCGGGUGUGGAGCAGUCCAUCACACGUGGAGCACAACAUGAACAGAGUCACAGAGUUGAAUGAAUCACUAUCCAACGAGGAGAGGAACCUUCUCUCCGUGGCUUACAAAAACGUGGUCGGAGCAAGGCGUUCCUCCUGGCGCGUCAUCUCCAGCAUUGAGCAAAAAACGUCAGCCGAUGGCAAUGAGAAGAAGAUCGAGAUGGUGCGUGCCUAUCGGGAAAAGAUCGAGAAAGAGCUGGAGACAGUGUGUCAAGACGUCCUUAACCUCCUUGACAACUUCCUGAUCAAGAACUGCAACGAGACGCAGCACGAGAGCAAGGUGUUCUACCUGAAGAUGAAGGGCGACUACUACCGCUACCUGGCCGAGGUGGCGACGGGGGAGAAGAGAGCCUCGGUGGUGGAGUCCUCCGAGAAGUCGUACAGCGAGGCCCACGAGAUCAGCAAGGAACACAUGCAGCCCACCCAUCCCAUCCGCCUGGGGCUGGCGCUCAACUACUCAGUCUUCUACUACGAGAUCCAGAACGCCCCUGAGCAGGCGUGCCACCUGGCAAAGACCGCCUUUGAUGACGCCAUUGCUGAGCUGGACACCCUCAAUGAGGACUCCUACAAAGACUCCACUCUCAUCAUGCAGCUGCUACGAGACAACUUGACGCUGUGGACAAGUGACCAGCAGGACGACGAGGGCGGAGAGGGCAACAACUAAAGAAGCCAACACCAACACACAUGCUCACAAAUGACGCCAAAAUUACACCAAUAGUUAAAAAGUUUUUAAUUUAAAAUAAAGGGAGGGCGGGGUGGGGGAACAUUGGCGACCAGCUGGCGGUACCGAUGUGACUGCUGUUCUUUAUUUUUUCACAAAUUUAACGUUGGAGGAAGUUUAGUUUGGAAAAACAAACAAUAUAAAGGAAAAAAAAACAGAAUGAAACCUCUUUGAUGGCCUCCGCAGCAUUUGCCAAAAUUUUUAAGCAAGAGGUUGGUUGUCCAUCACAGCGUGAAUGUCAGAGUAACAGUACCUUCACACUGGCACAGACUGGUCUUAUCAAGCAGAUGAGGCUGAGCUGUCUUAAUGCACUCAGCAACAGGAGAAGUCCAAAUUUCUGUUUUCAUGCUUGAGCAGUGAAAAAAAAUCUGUGUAACUUUGAAUAUCCCGGCUUUGCUUAGAGGGAGAGAAGGGAAGGACAGAGAAGAAGAGCAGGCAGCAUGCAGCGACGAAGACAGGCUAGCAGAGCUUUCCGACUCCUUUAUGAGAUUUUAAACGGACAGCCAUGGCUAACGGGUGAACGGCAAAUAACGUCUGUGGUUGAAGAAAACCUGGUUUGUGUUUGCUUUGUGUCCUGUGUGUAUCACACUCAGUCUGGCAUAUUGUAACUAAGAUACAAACUAAUGAAGUAAACUUAGUGCAGCUCGUCUCUCUCAUGUGCUGAUGUGCUUUCUUAAUUAAAUUAACUGUUUUUGGACACCUGAUUCUUAUUGUCAGUAUUGUCUUUACUGUAACUAUUUCUAUUUGCUCCUGGUGUUAAUUGGAAAAAUCUUUAUGGCAAAAUAUUAAUAAACCAUCUAGAGUAUUCAAUUGUGGUGACUGAAAGGGGUUCUGCCGUGGCAAAACAACUGAAAGAAGUGGAGCCUAAACCACGUAGAAGAAUAAACAAAGUUUAAUAUAAUCGGAGCACAUCCACAUUUUUAAGGUGGAAGCUGUACUAGUAGAUUGGAGGAUUGUGGAAUGAUUAUCAUCUUCUCUAUGGAGGAAAUGCACCUUCUUAUUUUUUUGUCUCUUUAAUUAAAGGAGGAAAUCUGCUCCAAUAUUCUCCAUAGUAAUACUGUGCAUGCUGGUGAUGUAUUUAUACAGUAGCUUUAAUUUCUCUUUAAUUUCCCUGCGGGCACGUCCCAAAUGGAUUAAUAAAGUUGUCUAUUUAUCUAGCUCAAUUUAUUAACUUAUUCUGUAGAUGUUAUGUAUUCAUAUGAACAUUGAGUUAUUUUACCUUAACCAAAUUAUUUUUUAUUAAUUUCUUCCUAAAUGCAGUUGUUAGCUAGAUCUUUUUUAAUCUGUGUUUUCUUUACUCCAUUCGCUGAAGUACGCUAUACCAAAACAGUGAUUGUUAACAAUAAAUAAUGUUACGGACAUCA